UAAUUUUAGCCAAGUGAUAAUCAGAGAAAGAAAAAAAGAAAAAUCUUCACUUGGUACAAACACAUACAUACCCAAUUUAAUGGCUUCUCUAGCAAUCUUGGCUGCCGUACAGCCCACCACCAUCAAGGGCCUUGCCGGAAGUUCCAUCACCGGUACUAAGCUUCACAUCAAGCCUGCCCGCCAGAGCUUCAAGCUCAAAAACGCCAGGAGUGGUGCAGUGGUUGCUAAGUAUGGUGACAAGAGUGUUUACUUUGAUUUGGAAGAUAUAGCUAACACCACUGGUCAAUGGGAUGUCUAUGGAUCAGAUGCUCCUUCACCUUACAACUCUCUUCAGAGCAAAUUCUUUGAGACAUUUGCAGCUCCAUUCACCAAGAGAGGAUUGUUGCUCAAAUUUUUGAUAUUGGGAGGUGGUUCCUUGCUCACAUACGUCAGUGCCACCGCUCCUCCCGAUGUGCUACCCAUCACAAGGGGUCCUCAACAACCUCCUAAGCUCGGACCUCGUGGGAAGAUCUAAGAACUUCUUAUUCUCAUGUACUAUUAAUCAUAUUGUAAAACUGGAAAUUAUCUUUAAUUGAAUGUACAAUUUUAAGGGCACCUGUGUUCUGAAUUA